AUGGCUGGAGCUAAAGAGGUGAAUACUCCUAUGUCUACAGGAGACAAGCUCAUCUUAAAUGAUGGUUCUAGUUCGACUGAUUCCACCGUAUAUCGCCAAAUUGUUGGAUCUCUUCAAUAUUUGGCAAUUACGCGAACCAUACAUUAUGGCUUAUUUCUCAAUCGAAAUUCCACUCAUACUCUGUCUGCCUUCUCUGAUUCUGAUUGGGGUGGUGUCCUUGAUAAUGGGCGGUCUACAACAGCUUAUGUUCUAUAUCUUGGUUCUAAUAUUAUAUCCUGGAAAUCUAGUCGCCAAAAGACUGUCUCCCGAUCUUCUACAGAGGCUGAGUACAAAGCCUUAGCCAAUGCUGCAGCAAAGGUAUUUUGGGUUCAAAGUUUAUUACAAGAUUUGGGAGUACCAAUAUCACAACCACCAGUCCUUCAUUGA